AGGCGAUAACAACAAUGUUGGCUUCAGACAAAGUGACCUGCGCUCUGCCCAGCCACGAGUUUACACGGAAAGGAACCAGCAAACCCUCUUUCACCUUCAGCGCCUUCCCAUUCUGUGUGGAUUUUCACAGACUGCUUAAGCAGAAGGCCGAGAGCAUCCUCCCAGGGGUAUCCAAGUGGGAUUUACUGAACAUCGUCAUCGCUCUUUAUGACGUCUGUCUGCCUGAUAUUGGACUGGAGACCCUAAGGGAGAACGUAUGUGCGAGUGGUUCAAAGACUAUUCUGUUGCUCCGGGAUCCACAAGAUGUGCUGAAGGAGUACCAAGAAAAACCGAGCGGUGAUUAUUUACGCGCAUCUAGCGUCCCUUUCCCCAGCGAUGGAGAAGAGGAGGAAGAGAAAGCCGGGGUGUUUUCAUCUGUAUUUAGUGACUCAGAGAGCAGCGAGGAAGAAGAGGACUCUGAAUCAGACCGAGAAGAGAGUGAGAAAUUCCAGAGCAGCCUGCGGGAUUUUCUGAUGAAAGUCGUAGAGAGGCACCAACAGAGGACGCAGUCUCGCCCUACUAGGGAGGCCAUUGGCGUUGAGUCGUGCAUCGUGGCUGCUCUCACAUACAAGCGAUCUGCACUGAAAUCAAAGGAGAAGAUACUUGAACUGUCCCUGCUCUCCACCAGGAGGCGGUUUCGAUGCUGUGGCGUUGGGACACACAUGUUAAAGAUGCUGAAGGAUGUGUCCCUGGUCGGUUUUUACGAUAGCAUCGUGACGCAUGCAGAUGGCGAAGCGGUCGGUUUCUUCAAGAGCUGCGGCUUUUCCGAUGACCUCAUUCUUAACAGCAAGUUCCGAGACCUGGAGGAUGAAUGGACAAACACAACCACAAUGAGCUACUUUCCUCCUUUCUCUGCGGUGCCAGCACUUCAAAAGGAUCUUACAGACUUAGAGAUGGAAAUGGAGCUGUGGAAGAUGAAGUCCAUAGCUGCAUAUCAAGCUCAGACCAUCUUCAUGAACAGAAUAUUCCAGGAAAUCAGAACUCUAAGAAACCAGGUGGCAUCUCAGAAUGACGAAAUCACAAAGCUCACCGCGGAAUUGGAAAAGGCAAAGGACGAGAAAUACCUGCUGGAAAAGACGUUUUUGCAGCACCAACUUCGGGGUCUUCAUCUUUCCAUAGACAGCAAAGACUCAGUCCCAGGAGCCUUUCAGACCGCUGACCUGCAGAACGAUGUUGGAUUUACAUCUGGUGACGGUGAAUGUGUAGAACAACCAGUGGCCGUACAAGACUGUGUGCAGGCUUCCCUCUCCAAGAACACCCUUCUGAAUGUGAAAGCACAUGUUUCCAAACUAGCGGCCCCCGUUAUCCACCAGCGGCUGUAUUACGGCAGAGGCCAGCAAACGGCUGAGAGACUGGAGGACAUACUGACUACUGGCUUCACGGAGCGCGAUUUCUACCAGGGGGAGUAUGGAACUGGAUUAUACUUCUCAGCCGAUCCUGCAGCUGCUAGCAACCUUUCAACGCCCCACCAGGUGCUAGUGGCAGACGUGUACAUUGGACGGACUGAAGUUGUAUAUCAGAAGCAGCCGGGCAGGAUUCGUCCAUCAGACGGAUGCGAUUCACUUCUGGUCCCAGGGAUGACGCACAGCCUGUCACAGAAGGAGUUUGUGAUCUUCAGUCCCUUGCAGGCCAUUCCUAUCUGCGUAUUAAAGUACACCCAGAAGGGGGACGAGAUGAGGACCCGGUCGACAGACUGCCCUGCCAUCUGACAGCCGUGCCCGUCAAUCAGUGUUUGGUCACGAUGAAUAAGAACGUGCUAAGGGCACUCUGAUUCCCGGCAUCCAGACUCCAUCAUUGACAGUGCUUGGUCGUAUCCAGGUUUUUGUUUUCCUCGUUGUAAGUUGCUUGAGAGAAGCAGAUGGCUGCAGUCCGGUCGCACUCGCAGAUGAACAUCUCACAUGGAUUGUUAGCGUCUGCAAGGACAAGCGUCGGUCAGAUUAUAAUACCGGAGAUAGAAGCAGCUCGUAAUAUACAUAAAACUAAUACUGGAAAUCUGUCACCCAGAAAUGUUCUUUAAAUUCACUUUGUGCUAUUCUGUUUAUUUAAAAUGGUUCAUCAGUUUAUAAAAGUCUUUAUCAUCA